UGUUAUGUUAGUUACUUUGAUUUUUUCCAAAAGGCCUUACAUUCAUGCCUACAAAAAAAAUGAAUGAAUUCAGGAUGCAUCAAAGAAUUGUUCAACUAACUUUAUUGGUGUUAUAUUUUCUUUUGAGUUAUAAUGGGGUGCAAGGAGAAAAAAAGCUAUUCAAAUUGAAGGACGUGGAGUUAGAGAAACAACUAAAACUUUUGAAUAAGCAAGCAAUCAAAACAAUUAAGACUAAAAAUGGGGAUAUAUAUGACUGUAUAGAUUUCUACAAACAACAUGCGUUUGAUCACCCGUUGUUGAAGGACCAUAAUUUUCAUCCUAAGAUGAAACCUACUUUAUCUAGGAUGAAGCAAAACUCGGAUGCCUCAACAACUAGUAGGUCAUCGACAAUGCGGUUAAAAAAUGGAGGUUGUCCUUCUGGAACUGUUCCUAUUAAGAGAACUACGAAAGAUGAUCUUAUAAGACAAAGAAGUAUGCCACCGCCAGAAAAUGUCAAUUUCGACGCUCAAUUUGUUGGCGUGGAUCCAACAUUAUAUGGGGAUAAUCAAACUAGGCUUUUCAUACAUAUUCAGGCAGGUAAAAUUCAUUGUUUCAAUACAUUAUGUCCUGGCUUCAUAAUAGUAAACACGGAGAUACCUCUUGGUAUGUCAUAUGAGGACAAUAUUUCAGAACGUGGAGGGACGACAUGGGAGGACACAAUGUACAUUCAGAGGGUACUUUUGUACUUAUUUUUAUUAUGUAAAAUAUUUAUCAUGUUUAUACAAAUAUAUGAAUUACAAUUUGAGAGGAACGUAAAUACUGACAUUGAUAUUUUAUUUUUCAAAACUAAGGAUGUAGUCGGAAAUUGGUGGCUUUUAAUUGGAGAAAACUAUGAACAAAUUGGUUUUUGGCCGCCAAGGAUCUUCACUGACUUGGCAAGUUUUGCUACGAAUGUUGAGUGGGGAGGAGUUGUAUAUAGUCCACCAGGUGUACCUGCACCUCCAAUGGGCUCAAGUUUUUUCCCUAGUGAAAACUCUGCUUAUGAUGCUUAUUGUAGGAGCAUUGCAAUUAUAGACGAGAUAGGAUGGACAGUUUACCUACAUAGAGUAAUCAUACAUGUCGAUAAUCAUUUUAUGUACAAGGUUUUAUUCGAACGACUUUCAAGUGAUUCAAAGUCUUUUGCUUUUGUGCUUUAUGGUGGACCUGGUGAAAGUGCACCCGUCUAA